AUGGUGUCCAUCAAUGACCUGCCUCUGGAGAUCCUGCUGGAUGUGUUUGACUUCUUCCCCUCGUGGCACCUGCUCCGCUGCUUCCGUUGGGUGUGCUGCUGGUGGAGAGACCUGGUGGACUCCUUGAACGCUCUGUGGAAAGACAAGUGCAGACGGGCCGGCUACCCCAUUGAGAUGCUGACCAGUCCUUUCCCAGACUGGAAGGUCUUCUACCUUCUCUGCAAGCUGCAGAAGAACAUUGUCCGGAAUCCUUUCGGCAAAGAGGAAUUUCUCUACUGGGAAAUCGACAAGGAUCAGGAGCACUGCUGGGGUGUGGAGGAGCUGUUAGCAGACGAAUACCCCCAUGACAACAUCACGACAUGUUUCUUUGCCUUCAAUGGGCCUGACACAAAAAUUCAACGCAUCACCUUGAAGGACCACGGCUACACGGAUGAGUUGAUGGACUACGUGACACCCCAUAUCGUGGUGCAGGAUUGGUCUGAUGUCCUCUACCCAAAUCCUCGUUACAACUACAGACUGACCGUGAAGCUGCUGGCUGAAGAUUUUAAAGCCCUCUAUACCUGCUAUAUCUCGAAUGGGGAGGUAAUCAAGGAUGGCACAAGGAACUGGAAAAAGACUGUGUACAUCUUCCGCAACUACCCCAGCGGAGUCCGCCACAUCCAUUUUGAGCAUGGCGUGGACUAUGGAAAGCUUGCCAACAGCAGCGUCAUCGUGGGCCCGAACUUCCCGUAGAAGAAGAGGAAAACACCCCGAAGAGAAAGAAAGGGUUGCUGAGCUGCUUGAACCCACCUCACCUGGGGUUCUCUCAGUGUCCCUACGGAUCUUGGAUGCUGGUUGUGGUCCCUGCUUAAGAAACCUUUCCUCUGAAGCUGUAUGUCUGCAUUUUAAAAGUUAUCAUUGGAUUUUU